AGCAGUGGUCGCGAUACUGGCGUACCAGCAGUGGCAGCAGCAGCAGCAGUGCACGAUGAGGUUCAAAAUACCGGGAACACGGGGGUGGGCUCAUCAAAUCUAAUUGAGGGUACGACGCCUUCGCUGGUUUCAGCAUCCGUUGUUGCUAAUCGUGAAAAAGCACCUUCUCUUGAAAACACUGAGGAAGCUGAACGUGUGUUUGAAUCGCUAGCCUUCGCUGAUGAAGAACUAGUGCGACCGAUGCGAGAAAAAACGCCAGACGGUUUACGUGAGGAACAAAGGCAACGUCUGGAGAGCACCGUGUUUGGCAUUGAUGAGCUGGCAUCAUACAUCAAAAAUCGAGCUGAUACGUUUCCCGUGGGCAGUUGGAAUUGCAGGCAGUGCAGCGAACUGCUUCUUGAGCUGAAGAUCCUUGCGGACAAAUGCAGGGUCUGGGCAAAUUUGAUGAGAGCCAAGAAGCCAGACAAUAAUACUUGUCUCAAUGAACUGGACAAUAUGUGUCGCGAAAAAGAGAGUGAAAUACUGAAGAUACAGGCCGAGCAUAAUAGCCUGAUCACCGAGAUCGAAUACGAAAAGGUUGGUUCGCUUCCAGUAACAUUUUUGUCAGUACUUUUCCUUUUUAGUAUGGUUAAAGUCAUUUUAGAAAGCGACACAAAAGAUGAAGCUUAUGUAUGA